CUGCUAGUGGCUGUAAUAUGAAAGGUUCCGCCUGACGUGUUUCCACCGGACUUGUGUGUAAGUCGGACCCGUUCAAGAUGUCAGUGGAGCAGGCGAGCUCGUGCGGGGCAGUCAAUGACACUGCUGAAGACGACAAAAUACACUUGGUUAAAGGUGGUGCUUUCCUGGCUACUGUAGCCACAGCGGGCAUGAUCGCAGGGUUCGGCUCCACCCUUGCCAUGGCUAAGAAGAAGAGUCCAGAGUGGUUCAAUAAGGGUGUAGUGGGAAGUGCUGUGGUGCCAGAAAGUGGUGCGUCGUUAGCGCUGCGAGCGUUGGGAUGGGGUUCACUUUACGCCUGGUGUGGAGUUGGCCUCCUCAGCCUCACCAUUUGGAAGGUCCUGGGUGUCCACAGUCUGAAGGAUUUUCGCCAGAAAAUGCAAUCCAUUUUCCCCGCUAUCCCCAAAAAUGAAGAGACUCAAGAGAAUUCUGCUCCCUUUGACUGGAAUUCCAUCUUUAAGUCAAAAUGAGCAGAACUUGUAAUUUAUUAUCAAGAACUCACAGCCUUAACUGACUGUCUGGAAAUAAUAUUUAUCAGAUGGUCAGUCCUGGUCAAAUGUGUGAGGCAACAGGUCACUUCAAUCAGCUAUUUUUGACCCAGCAACUGGAUUAAGUAUAAACCAUGAAGUUACAGCACUGGAGAAUGCCUCAAUGAAGGCCCGGUGGACUCGGCGUGGUUGUGUUUGCCUUAAUUUCUUGUGCCACACUGGAUUUCACAAGACCUGAGCCAAAAGAUUUGGCAGUAUUAUGUUUGUUCAUACUGCAAUAUCUAAAGUAUGAGCUAUUUAAUUCAUACAUGUCAGGUCAGUUCUUUGCAGUCCAAUUAAAAACAGUGGGCUUUUUCGGUAACCAUACUUUUGGAACAUUUGUGUGGUCCUUGCAAAUAAUAUUACUGCCCUUUGGCCGGUGGUGUUUAUACUUUAAAUGUAUCAAACUAAAGCAGUUAUUGUGUUAAAUUGGCAUCAUGUGAUUGCAAGGUCUAAUAAAAACAUCUUGUAAUAGUCUUUGAAAGAUGUUUUCAAGCUGUCCCUGAAAAGCACAGUUUCCUAGAAGAGAGAGGCCAAGGACAAAAAUGUGUGCCCUGCAGCGACUAAAGAAAAGCUACAAAACGACCCUCCCUCAGAGUAUGCCAAUGUGAGAGUGUUUGUGCUUUUUUACCCCUGCACAUUUAGGCCACGUAAUCUGGUUAAACUGUGGAUGUGACAGAUGCAGCAUAGAGCACUGAGUAGACCGGCCAAAAAUGUACCCAUUGACCUUAACUGCCAGUGAAUUACAUUUUUUGCUUUUUAAAUAUUACAAUGUUGAGGAUAUACAUGCUUAGGUGACUUUGUUGGGCACUCUGUGACAAAAAAAUAAAAACAACACUGAAGAACAACGUUCACAGUGCUCGACCAAAUUUCAUGUACAUUUACUUUUAACAUGUGGAACAUGUAUAAAGACUUUAUACUGAAUAAACAAUGGUCAUCAAAUCAUAUGGAGCAAAAAGAGCUUACAUAAA